GCGCGUUGCCUGCCUCAUCGAUCGAACCUCCGUCGACGUGCGUACGCACUCGCGCCAUGGCCGCCGCCGCGUUGGGUGACGUUGAUGACCUCGACUUUGACCUGGGUUUUAUGGACGGGCUCGAGUGCCUCGACUUCGAGUUCGACCUGCCAGACAUGGGCCUCACCGAGUUGUGCCACGGCGGCGACGGCGAGUGCUUGCUGCCCUCCGUGGCCGAUAAGGAGGACGGUUUGGUUUUGGAUCUGGGUUCUCAUGAUGGUGAUGGUGCCCAAGGGGGGAGGGAGAGCUCGCCGGACUCCGUGGUGACGGACGACGGCGCGCCGCCGUCGGAGUCGGCCGGGUAUCGCGAUGUCGGCGAGAUGUCGACAUACGCAACCGAGCUGGAGAGGUUCCUCAUGGAGGACGAGGAUAACGGGGACGCCGGCGGGCCGCUCCAUCCGAAGGAGCUUGCCGCCGACGACUACUUCUUGGGUGAUCUCGACGACCGUUACAUCGAGCCGGCGACUCCAGGGAAGGAUCUCGUCCUCGACGACGACUACUUCGGCGAUCUCGUCUCGUACGACUACUUCUAUGAUCUUGCUGUUGCGGGCGACGGCUGCGUCGAGCCCGCGGCCGGUGCCAGCGUGGACGCUGCUGCAUCACCGGCGACGGAGGAGGAGGAUGCUGGCGAGGACGACGACGAAGCGACCUCGAGGAAGCGUGCAAGGCAGAGGAAGGGCGCCGCUGCGGUGCCACGCGAAGCAGAGCUCCGGGAAACGCCGGUGAUGCAUGCCAUCUCGUCGAUCUCGACUGGAAACGGGUGCCGCCCCCUUGGUUACCAUUGGCUGCAUCCCUGCACCACAGUGUGCCUGCUGGCCUGAACGAUCAUCGAUCAACCUGUUCUGGGAGAAAGAUCGGAACGGCGCCUGGCUCAGGUAUUCGAACCGGCAGAAGCUUCAAGCUGCAGCAACAUCGUUUCCUCCCACUAAUUACGAAGGCUGCCUCGUGAUGAACUAGUACAACACAGUUUCCUGUAUUGUUUACAAGGAAAAUUGGAAGGUAUGGAUUCUGAAAACAAGGUCAGUCUGAAUACAGUUUCAUGUUUUCCUUCAGAAUUUAGCAGUGGUCUCUGUGGUCUCUGCAGUCUGAAUACAAGGAAAAUUGGCUGUUACAAUCCUAUGGUCUCUGUGAUGUGAGUGUGGCACAUUUGGAAGUAGAGAUGAAAGCAUAUAUCUGCAUAUGUUGAAUGAUCACAACACUCUUUGAUGUCUAGAUCUCAUCCGGUUCCAAUAUGCAUGGACUCCACCACCGUGUGGAUGGUGCAGGCCUGAACUUGAGUCUUUGGAUCCAGGCUGCCCCACACUCCGCCCGUUUAAUAUCUUUAUUAUUCCAAGUUUUUUUUAUCUUUUAUUCCGGGUUUCUAUCUAAAAUUCUUUUCUCCGGGGUUGAGUAGCAAAUAUGUCCGUGCGUUGCAACAGGAGAAAUAUUUAUCAUGCCUUAAAUUUGUUGCAAUGGAAGAAAACUUCAUCACAUUUCCCUAUCAGAUAGUAAGUAUGGCCCAAAAUACAACUAGUGGCUUCAUUUCCCACAUCAAUUAUU